GGUUUGGCAACACAACCCACACGACAUCUCUCUUCUCUUCUCAUCAAAGAAAAAAGAGAGAGAGAGAAAUACUUUGAGAAUAAAGAGAAUUCCAUCCGACAUCCCUGCGACGAAUCUGAGGAAUCAGCUGAACAAAGUUGUCUUGUGCCGGUGACGUGGUGUGAACCAGAAGGAGCUGGUAGCCAGAGUGGUCCUCGGGGAAGCUCCAAGAUGCAGCCGGAGAAGGGACACAAGAAGAGCUUCAAACAGAGAUUGGUCUUGAAGAGCAGCUUAGCUAAAGAAAUCGUCUCUGAGUUCUUGGGCACAUUUAUCAUGAUCGUUCUUGGUUGUGGCUCUGUUGCCCAGGCUGUACUGAGUCGAGGACAUUUUGGAGGAAUUGUCACUCUCAAUGUCGGAUUUGCCAUGUCAGUUGUAAUGGCCAUUUACGUGACUGGAGGUGUUUCUGGUGGCCACAUCAACCCGGCUGUGUCCCUUGCCAUGUGUGUCUUUGGACGAAUGAAAUGGUCCAAGUUUCCAUUUUAUGUGGGAGCCCAGUUCUUAGGUGCAUUCGCAGGGGCUGCAACCCUCUUUGGUGUUUACUAUGACGCGUUUGUGUCUUUUGCUGGAGGAAAGUUGCUCAUCGUGGGAGAAAAUGCAACAGCACACAUUUUUGCAACAUACCCUGCUUCAUAUCUGUCUCUGACAAAUGCGUUUGCAGACCAAGUACUCUCUACCAUGUUCCUCCUCAUAGCUGUGUUUGCUAUUUUUGACUCCAAAAACUUGGGGGUGCCCAGAGGCCUGGAGCCCAUUGUUGUGGGUCUCCUGAUCAUUCUCCUCAGUGGCUCUUUGGGAAUGAACAGUGGCUGUGCCAUGAAUCCAGCUCGAGACCUGAGUCCCAGACUUUUCACUGCUUUAGCUGGAUGGGGAUUUGAAGUCUUCACAGUCGGAAAUCACUUCUGGUGGAUUCCCGUAGUGGGCCCUUGUGUUGGUGCCGUCCUUGGAGGUCUCAUCUAUGUUUUGUUCAUUGAAAUUCACCAUCAGAAUCCGAAAUCAGAUUUCGAGGCAGAACAAUCUGAGGACAAGCCAGAGAAAUAUGAACUCAGUGUUGUAAUGUAGUGGUAUACUCUAAAAGAAGACAGCAAAGUGUGUGUGUAUUUUUAAAACUCAGGUGCAAUUUUCUCCGCUAGCUGUGUGGAGAACAUGAAAUGACGAAAGCAACCAACUGAAGGGUUGGAAACACCACUUUCUGCAAAUUUCAAUAGCAAGAACUGUCCCCUGAAGCAGCCUUCCUUUCUGCCCUGUUUAUUUCAUUCUUGAUGGUCAUCCUCAUUGCUAAGUAGAAAUUAACAUCCUGAGAUCUUGGCUACAGACUCAAAAUGAUGGUCUUAAUAUGCAAUGCCUUCAUGAAACCAUGUCGCCAAAAGCCUCCUGUCCAAUGUCAAUAAUAACAAAUUCCAAGUAUCAGCCAGAACCCAGAGUGAAAAAGCCAAGUUAGCAUAUCCACAAACUAGAGAGCUGACAGGCUAGCUAGCUGGUAAAAUUCUGCUACUGUAUUUGUACACAGCUAGGUAUUCUGGAUUUGUAUGAAUCCCAGCCUUUUUGAAACCUGGGGAUUGGGAAGGUCAUCGAACGAAGCCGUGAAGCACAGAUGAAGGACGCUGUGACACUAAGAAACCUCAGGAGACAAGAUGGAUUCAACAAAGCAAGUGCAAUUUUUCUAAUGGAAAUCAUUCAUCAAGUUAAUCUUUGGUUCUUUUGCAUUUUAGAGAACCCCAAUUAAUUUCUUUAUAUUCAGUAUAUAAUGACCUAACAUACAAUUGUCACCUCAGUCAUGAAAAAUACAUCAUUCUAUCUUUCUAACUCCCAUGUAUUUUCCUAAUUGCUCCCUUGAGGACAGCCAUUUGACAAGGUAAGUCAGUGGCUGUAUUCAUCCAUUAUUCUACAUAGGACCUCAGAGCCAAAGCUGGAAGCCUUCCCAUCCUGGGUUAGUAAAACCUUCACACUAGAAAGUCCCUAGAGAAGUAACAAUAACUUACUGGACUUUACCUUUCACAAGGCAUUUUCAUAUAUGGUCUAAUUUAGUCCUCAUAAUGACUGAGGAAAUACCUUGCUGUCCAUUUUCCAGAUAAAGAAGCAAAAUCUCAGGACGUGAAAUGAGAGCCUGGGAUCAUAUGACAAGCUGCACACUGUGCAAUGUACCCUUGACCCUUCAGAGGGUCAGUUAGCCCCCCGAGAAUCUCAGCCAAGCCUUGCUGGCUGUUCAGAAGCAGCAGAAUUGGCAGCUCCCAGGACAUAACGGACACGCACCGUAUGCUCCCACAUUCUGUCUGGUUUUCCUCCCAUAGUUACUGGAGUGCUAUUGAGGAAAGGAGGCAGCAGUUUGAUUAUAAUUUUCCUGUGCUAAUAGGCAUUAUCAGAGGCUUCGCUUCCUAAACCAUCUUUGGCCUUACUGAGUCUCGAUCUGGCUUCCCUAUCAAUCUAAAGCAUUGUAUUCCAAGAACUGCUUUUCCUCGGCCGGUUUAGGAAUUUUUUUGAGUUGAUAUUACUUUCAACUGAAGAGUCUUAAGCGCCAGAGGAACUGCUCUGUAUCAACGGAUAUACCUUCAGUCAUGUUGCUAAGAAGCCCAGCAUUCCGAGGCAUCCAGUUACCAAAUGCUGUGUGAUGAUAAAAGAACAACAAAUGGCAAAUGCAAACUGGUUCUGAUGUCCUACGAUUUAUGGAAUAUGGAAUUUUCCCUCUAAGGUUACCCACAUAUUUCCCAUUUCCUAUUUGAAAUAAAAAGGUUGGGUUGUUA